CCACCACUGUUAUCGUUGCAGCCAUGGGUUGGGAUACUAUCAAGCUGAACAACGGCAACGAGAUACCGUCCAUUGCGUACGGGUCUUGGACGCUCGGGGGCGGCCAGCCAACAGUUGAUCACGUCGACCAAGCACUCGACGGCGGCUUCAACCAUCUUGAUACCGCUCAAUCUUAUCGCAACGAACUCGAGGUUGGAACCGCGCUCCACGAUAGCGGCCUCAAGCGUGACGAUAUCUUCAUCACUACCAAGUACUCUGCAAUUGACGGCCUCGACAUCGACACGUCCAUUCACAACAGUUUGAAGAAUCUCGGUGUGCAGCAUGUCGACCUCUACCUCAUCCACAACCCCCGUAUAGUCCCAGAUAUCCCGUCUGCGUGGGCGCAGAUGGAGAAGCUCCAGUCUGACGGCUUCACGAAGGGCAUCGGCGUGAGCAACUUCGAGAUUUCGCAUCUCGAGACGCUGCUCGCGUCUGCAAAGGUCACGCCCGCCGCGAACCAGAUUCUGCUGCACCCGUACGUCUGGCAACGCCAGGCGCCCCUCGUGGAAUACUGUCAGAAGAAAGGCAUCGUUGUCGAGGCAUACAGUGUCCUCAUCCCGCUGACCCAUCAGCCCGGGGGCGCUGUGGACGCGCCCGUCAAGAAGAUCGCGAAACGCGAGAAGGUUGAGCCCGAGCAGGUCUUACUGGCCUGGGCGAAGUCAAAGGGAGUCGUCGUAGUCACGUCCAGCACGAAGAAAGACCGUCUUCAACGCUACCUGGCCGCCGGAGAUCUCAAGCUGACCGACGAGGACAUCGCUUCUAUUGACAAGGCCGGGAGCGAGGGCGCCCGCCGCUUCACCGCGCGCACCUUCGUCAAGCGCGCGAUUGGCCUCGCGCUGUUCGGCGCCGCCGUGCUUGGGGCGUGCAGCUACAUCGGCGUUGACCUCAUCUAACCCUGGGAAACGAAAUGUAUCAGCAUCAGUGCAGAAAUACAUACUAUAUGUGCAGAGUGUAAAAGUACAGCAUGGACUGGAGAAGCAUAGGCGAAGAAGAGUCAGACGGUAACGAAUAAGCAAGAAUAAGCAGGCAAGUGUUUCAUGUACUCAUGAUCCUCUCUAUCUCUAGCUGUAUCCGGACGCGGGAGGCAAUACCCUCGGGGCUCUUGCCACCGAUGAGCCUGUCUUUCUGGCCGCUGAUACCUUCCGUGACGCCCGCAUAGAUGACUUCGAGCAUCUUGAGCCACUGCACGCCCCAGACCUCUCUGGCCUUUGCGCCAAAGACGUCCAACGCGACGUACAGUAUCUCGGCUGCGACAGGGCUGUCAAGUAGCUGAGGCUGGGACAUCAUGCGCGCAAAGUACUGCCAGUAGCGUUGCACGCGGAAACGGUGAUCGAUGGGGCGGUCGAACUGGGUGCUGGCAGCGAUGAUGUUGAAGUACACGCGCAUUAUGCCGGCUACGCGCUGCAGGUGCUCCCCAAAGGGCUCAUCUUUACUGCGGUACCCCAUUGCCUUCGCGCGGCCCUCCUCGUCAAAGGAGGUGCCGUCAGUAUCGC